AUGCUAAAGGUCAAUCCGUUUGCAGAAGGCUACCCCAAGUGGGAACCUCUCGAGUUCAAAGUCUGCACAAAUGAGCCAAGUUUGGUCAGUGUUAUCUACGAUCAUGCCAAGCAACACUACAAACUGCAUCUUAAUGUGGAAGUAUCUUUAAAGCACUUUUCACAUUUUUCGGAUUUUGGAUGCACCUAUACCGAGGUUGUCCCCGGACCAGCAGACGUUCUUGCUUAUCUUAAAUCUCCUGAAUACUUCCACCAGGACUGGAUAGUUCCCAAUCAUUUUCUGGGUGUGAUCGUAGAAUGUCAUGAAAUGGCUAACAAGUCAAGGAUUCUUCAACGGGAUGCCUUCUCCUUCGUUCAAUAUCCAAAGAAUCGCAAUGAGAAGAACGAUCGAGAAAGAGGUGGAGAGUAUCCGAGUGUCUUGCUCUUAGGAAUCGAUAGUAUGUCGCGCAUGAACUUCCGGCGGAGCAUGCCGCUGACCUCAGACUUUGUCAGCCAAGAGGGAUGGUUCGAGAUGGAGGGAUAUAACAAGGUUGGCGAAAAUACUCUGCCCAAUUUAAUGGCCUUACUCACGGGUCGUACUCCAAGGCAAUGGCGAAGCAAAUGUGAUGUGAGAGAGUCCGGUUGCCUGGACAGUCUUGUAUUUCUGUGGAAUCACUUCCACAGCGCCGGCUAUCUAACAGCCUAUGCCGAUGACUCGACCUCCAUCUCCACCUUCAACUACUUGAAGAUGGGAUUCAAACGUCCUCCAGUGGACUUUUAUUUGCGACCCUUUUUGAUGGCCAUUGAACAAACCUUGAAGUAUUUUGACUUUAAAUAUUGCAUUGGCAGAAGGCACAGUUUUAGUUAUGUUUUUGAUUUUGCCAAGCAGCUGAUAGAGCGUUUUGUAUUUGAGCAGCCAAAGCCCCUUUUUGGUGUCUUUUGGACGAGCAGUUUUACCCACGAUGAUUUUCGUGGUGGUGCGAAUUUGGAUCGUCUAUUUGUAGGCUACAUGGAAGAAUUCAAGAAGCUUAGACUAUUCGAUAGAUCUAUUGUGAUACUUUUCAGUGAUCAUGGCUCUAAGCACGGACCUCUGGUUGAGCACUAUACCGGCUUUCUGGAGGAGCGCCAGCCCAUGUUGCAUAUUUACCUACCACCCUGGUAUCGAAGGCGCCACCCAUCGGUGGAGAAGGCUCUGAUUUUGAAUAGGAAUCGUCUGAGUUCUAAUUACGAUCUCCAUCUUGUACUUCCUAGUGACAGAAGUUGCUCGGAUGCAGGCAUUCCCGAUCACUGGUGUACUUGCCAGCCCUUUGUAGGUGUUCAAGUCACUCUUUUCAUCACGAGUCUUGCCAAAUUGGCUGUUAGUCGGAUGAACAAAUACCUGAAGAUGCUGAAUCUCGAUGAAGAUUGCCAGAGUCUUAAGUUAAGUGCAGUUCUAAGGGCCGACCGACAGUUGCACUUCAAUGAGUCGGGAAACGAAAUGGCAUCUCCUAAUAAUGUGGACACCUAUCGGCUUGUCUUUACCACCAAACCGAACAAUGCUAAAUUCAGAUCCACAGUUUAUAGCAGAGAGAACAAUGAAAUCGUGACCAUUCAGACUGAAAUGAUUAGUCGGCUCAAUUCCUAUCGCAAUGAGUCUCAUUGCGUACAGGAUGCUCUGGCCAAGAAAUUCUGUUUGUGCUACAAGGAUCAGUUUCGGAAAGGGAAGGGAGCCUUAAAGGAAAGAAAAUUAAGAUAUGUAAUACAGGAGAACGAGGACGACUUUUAUGACGAAACUAAAUAG